CCAGAGGUUUCGCGGGUUGUCAUGGCAUCUGCUUCUACCUCCGCAGCCGGAGUGGUAACGGGAGGGGGGAGCUCCCUCGCCGUGUCUUUCUGACUUCUCUGCCUUUCCAUUGGUGGUCUAACUUACCUCUCGGUGGCGUGCGCCAGCCCACCCCUCCGCUCUUUCUAUCCUGGUCUCAGAUGCAGUUAUCCAGGCGGCAGAGAGGGAGCUUUGCAAUAGACACUCGCGCUCUCUGCAUGGGUGAGGAGAGCUGCUGGGUGGGAGGACUGGAGGACACCAGCGCUACCCCUGUCCUCUUUCCAUGAUCAUCACCGUGUGACCAUUUGUCCUUGGGGAUAAAAACCACCCCACCUGGUGAAGGUGGGCUUUUCUUCGGACGACUGGGCCGACGAGGCGAGUCUCCCCGGAGGACUGAAAGUGAUUGCAAAGCCUUAGUUUUCUCUGAGUGGGAGCAGUGAGCAGCCAUGGCGCACGCUGCGGCUCACAUUAAGAAGGCCCGGUCCGAGAUGGACCAGCCCCCGGACUUGAAGGCUCUGGAGAAGGCCAGAGAGAGGAGGAGGCGUUCCCGAGAACGGGCCGAACGCAAGCGCAAGUCGGACAGCAACACUAGUUUCCUGCGAGCAGCCAGGGCGGGGAACAUUGAUAAAGUUUUGGAAUAUCUAAAAGGAGGAGUUGACAUCAGCACCUGCAACCAGAAUGGGCUCAAUGCGCUACACCUGGCAGCCAAGGAGGGCCACAUGGACCUGGUCCAGGAGCUGCUGGACAGAGGAGCGGCGGUGGAUUCAGCCACAAAGAAAGGAAACACGGCUCUCCACAUAUCCUCUCUAGCUGGACAGGCUGAAGUGGUGAAGACCUUGGUCAAACGAGGAGCUGACAUCAACGCUCAGUCUCAGAAUGGAUUCACUCCUCUGUACAUGGCUGCGCAGGAGAAUCACCUGGAUGUGGUGCGGUACCUCCUUGAAAACGGAGGCAACCAGAGCACUGCUACAGAGGAUGGCUUCACGCCUCUGGCCAUCGCCCUCCAGCAGGGCCACAAUCAAGUGGUUUCUGUCCUCCUGGAGAACGAUACCAAAGGCAAGGUCCGCCUGCCCGCCUUGCACAUCGCUGCACGCAAGGACGACACCAAGUCGGCUGCGCUGCUCCUGCAGAACGACCACAACGCUGACGUCCAGUCGAAGAUGAUGGUCAAUAGGACUACUGAGAGUGGAUUCACCCCUCUGCAUAUCGCCGCCCACUACGGCAACGUCAACGUGGCCACACUCCUGCUGAACCGGGGGGCAGCGGUCGACUUCACCGCGAGGAACGGGAUCACCCCCCUACAUGUGGCCUCCAAGCGUGGAAACACUAACAUGGUUUGCCUGUUACUGGACCGUGGCUCCCAGAUUGACGCUAAAACAAGGGAUGGCCUCACUCCGCUCCACUGUGCAGCCCGGAGUGGUCAUGAUACAGCUGUGGAGCUGCUGCUGGAGCGAGGAGCGCCCCUACUGGCCAGAACAAAGAACGGGCUGUCUCCUCUCCACAUGGCGGCACAAGGUGAUCAUGUUGAAUGUGUGAAACACCUGCUGCAGCACAAGGCCCCGGUCGAUGACGUCACGUUGGACUACUUGACAGCACUGCAUGUGGCAGCGCACUGUGGUCACUACAGAGUCACCAAACUGCUGCUGGACAAGAGGGCCAACCCCAACGCCAGGGCGCUGAACGGCUUCACUCCGCUGCACAUUGCCUGUAAGAAAAACCGUGUGAAAGUGAUGGAGCUGCUGGUCAAAUAUGGAGCCUCCAUCCAGGCCAUCACAGAGUCUGGUUUGACUCCCAUCCACGUAGCAGCCUUCAUGGGUCAUCUGAACAUUGUCUUGCUGCUGCUGCAAAAUGGGGCUUCGCCUGAUGUCAGCAACAUUCGUGGGGAGACAGCCCUGCACAUGGCCGCCAGGGCAGGACAGGUGGAGGUGGUCCGAUGUCUGCUGAGGAAUGGAGCCAUGGUGGAUGCACGGGCGCGGGAGGACCAGACUCCCCUGCACAUCGCCUCUCGUCUGGGAAAAACCGAGAUUGUCCAGUUGCUUCUGCAGCACAUGGCCCAUCCCGAUGCGGCCACAACCAACGGCUACACCCCGCUACACAUAUCGGCCAGGGAGGGGCAGGUGGAGACGGCCUCGGUGCUGCUGGAGGCCGGCGCUUCACACUCAUUGGCCACCAAGAAAGGUUUUACUCCCCUGCACGUGGCCUCUAAGUACGGAAGCCUGGACGUGGCCAAGCUUUUGCUGCAGCGGCACGCUCCUCCUGACUCUGCUGGGAAGAACGGCCUCACCCCGCUCCAUGUUGCAGCGCAUUACGAUAACCAGAAGGUGGCGCUCUUGCUUUUGGACAAAGGAGCGUCCUCCCACGCCAUGGCCAAGAACGGGUACACGCCUCUUCACAUCGCAGCCAAGAAGAACCAGAUGGAAAUAGCCACGGUUCUGCUACAGUACGGAGCCGAGACCAACAUCCUGACGAAGCAGGGCGUCACGCCGCUCCACCUGGCUUCGCAGGAGGGCCACGCUGACAUGGCUGCUCUGCUCAUGAGCAAGGGAGCUCAGGUCAACAUCCCCACCAAGAGCGGCCUGACUGCCCUCCAUCUGGCAGCGCAGGAGGACAAAGUGGCCGUCGCAGAGAUCCUGGCCAGAAACGGAGCCAACCUGGACCAGCAGACCAAAUUGGGCUACACUCCUCUUAUUGUAGCUUGUCACUAUGGAAACGCAAAAAUGGUCAACUUCCUGCUGCAGAACGGAGCCAACGUCAACGCCAAGACCAAGAACGGAUACACUCCCCUUCACCAGGCGGCCCAGCAGGGCAACACGCACAUCAUCAACGUGCUGCUGCAGUACGGUGCCAAGCCCAACGCCAUCACUGUGAAUGGAAACACCGCUCUGGGGAUUGCUCGGCGGCUCGGCUACAUUUCUGUGGUGGACACGCUGAGGGUCGUCACGGAGGAGAUCAUCACCACCACAACAACGGUGACAGAGAAACACAAGCUGAACGUUCCAGAGACCAUGACCGAAGUGCUGGAUGUCUCUGAUGAAGAGGGUUGCCAGUUUACUGUUGGCACCACAGCGUCUCAGUCUAACCACAGUGAGGACACGAUGACCGGUGAUGGAGGGGAGUAUCUGAGGGCCGAGGACCUGAGGGAGCUGGGAGACGACUCCCUGCCAGGACAGUACUUGGAUGGGAUGAACUACCUCCGCUUCAGCCUGGAGGCGGGACGCACGGACAGUUCGGACAGGUCCUUCACACCCACCCAUCACAGUUACUACUCCCCUAAACAUGAAGGCUUGAUGGAGGAGCUGCUCACCAGUCAUCAGGUUUCGUCGCUUACCAGGGAGAAUGAGAGGGAUUCAUACAGACUGAGCUGGGGAACAGAAAACCUGGACAACGUGGCUUUGUCCUCCAGCCCCAUCCACUCUGGCCAUUCCUCUCCGUGCCACGAUCAUGGAGACCACAGCAGCUUUCUGGUCAGCUUCAUGGUGGACGCCAGAGGCGGGGCCAUGCGCGGUUGCCGGCACAACGGCCUGCGCAUCAUCAUCCCCCCCAGGAAGUGCAGCGCCCCCACACGCGUGACCUGCCGGCUGGUGAAGAGGCACCGUCUGGCCACCAUGCCCCCCAUGGUUGAGGGCGAGGGCUUGGCCAGCAGGCUCAUUGAGGUCGGGCCGUCAGGAGCCCAGUUCCUCGGUAAACUGCACCUCCCCAGUGCCCCUCCGCCUCUUAAUGAGGGAGAGAGUUUGGUUAGCAGAAUCCUCCAGCUCGGCCCACCGGGAACAAAAUUCCUUGGUCCUGUCAUUGUAGAAAUCCCCCAUUUCGCUGCCCUGCGGGGGAAUGAGAGGGAGCUGGUGAUCCUGAGGAGUGAGACGGGGGAAAGCUGGAAGGAGCACCACUGUGAACACACCCAGGAGGAACUCAACCAGAUACUCAAUGGCAUGGAUGAGGAGCUGGACACGCCCGAGGAGCUGGAGAGGAAGCGCAUUUGCCGCAUCAUCACUAGAGAUUUUCCACAGUACUUUGCAGUGGUGUCGCGCAUCAAGCAGGACAGUAAUCUGAUUGGCCCAGAGGGAGGCAUUCUGAGCAGCACAGUUGUGCCCCAAGUGCAGGCAGUGUUUCCUGAGGGGGCCCUCACCAAGAGAAUCAGGGUCGGGCUGCAGGCUCAGCCAGUGGGAGUAGAUGUAGUGAGAAAGAUCCUGGGAAACAAGGCCACCUUCAGCCCCAUCGUCACCUUGGAGCCUCGCAGGAGGAAGUUCCAUAAACCCAUCACCAUGACCAUCCCUGUCCCCAAGAGCAACUCUGACCCAGUCCUCAACGGCUUCGGAGGGGACACCCCCACCUUACGGCUGCUCUGUAGUAUAACUGGUGGAACAACUCCAGCCCAGUGGGAGGACAUAACUGGAACAACUCCGUUAACGUUUAUCAAUGACUGUGUUUCCUUUACCACCAAUGUGUCCGCUAGGUUUUGGCUCAUAGACUGUCGUCAGGUUCAGGAGUCGGUCAACUUCUCCACUCAGGUGUAUCGGGAGAUCAUCUGUGUCCCUUACAUGGCCAAGUUCGUCAUCUUUGCCAAGACCCACGACCCCAUCGAGGCCCGACUGCGCUGCUUCUGCAUGACCGAUGACAAGAUCGACAAAACGCUGGAGCAGCAGGAGAAUUUCACCGAGGUGGCCCGAAGCCGAGACGUGGAGGUCCUGGAAGGCAAACCUAUCUAUGCAGACUGCUUUGGAAACCUGGUUCCUCUCACUAAGAGCGGCCAGCAUCACCUCUUCAGCUUCUUUGCCUUUAAGGAGAACAGACUCGCCCUCUUCAUCAAAAUCAGAGACAACACUCAGGAGCCUUGUGGUCGUCUGUCCUUCAUGAAAGAACCCAGGAACUACCGAUCGCUUACCCAGAAUGCCAUAUGCAACCUCAACAUCACCCUCCCGUCGUACUGCAAGGAGUCCGAUUCAGACCAGGAACAAGAGGAAGAGACCAGCAGAACACGAGAUAAAUAUGAAGAGACGGAGACAUCAGUCCUGAAAUCAGAGCUGAUUCGAGAGCCAGACCUGCUAUCCGACGUGUCAGAGAUGAAGCAAGAUUUGAUUAAAAUGAGUGCCAUCUUGACUGCAGACUCCACAGAGAAAUCCCCUUCCUUAGGAGGGUGUGGCGUAGAGAAAGGGACUGAGGAAGUAUCUGGAGAACCAUUAGAAAUAAUGGAGAAGGACUUAGAGAAAGUCAAACAGGACCUAGAGAAAGUCAGUAAGAUACUGAGAAGUGGAACAUAUGAGGGCGAGGCAGCGGAAGAGGCAGCAAAAGCAGCUAGAGUGGCUGAGGAGUGGGUUCUCCUCUCAGACACUGAGAUAGAAGAGGCCAAAGAGAUGGCUGCCUUAGAAAUUCAAGAGCCUGUCUUACGGGAAAGUAGAGCCAACAGAGGGGCUCCAAGACCCAAAGCCAUAAAGGACAGUGGGGAUCUUAAGGAAUAUUUGCUGGAUGCACCAGUAAGCUCCAAGACAAAAGCAAAAAAAGAGCCAGUCACCCAAGAAAGAUUUACUGAUGUUGUUCUACGCAAAAGUGGGAAGCCAACCACUCCAACCAAAGUACAUGACAAAACCACGGCUGGUGACAUUAAAAAGCCAGUCAGAAAGAAGGGGAAAGACCAAGGGCAGACAGAGGAACUGACAGAGGCGGGUGCUCUUCUAAGUGUGCCUAAAGCCCCUGCCCCAAAGUCACCUGUAUCCCCAGUGGUUGAAGAAACUCCCAUUGGAUCUAUAAAGGACAAAGUCAAAGCCUUACAACAAAAAGUAGAGGCAGAACAAAGAAGCAAAAAGGUCACUGGAAGCAAGCCGUCACAAUUGCCUGUUAUGAGUAAAUCCUCUUCAAAAGCCAAAGAAAGCCCUAAAUCAAAACAGGGCCCUCCUAAAUCCCCCAAAGCUGAUUCAGAAAAGCUUGAGGAGACAAUGUCAGUUAAAGAGCUGAUGCAAGCUUUCCAAACAGGGCAAGACCCCUCAAAGAGAAAGUCUGGGCUAUUUGAGCUCAAAACUACAAAGACAAAAUCAGAAACCGAAACCAUCCAAUCAAAAUCAAUGACCAAAGCACUAACCUCACGUGUUUCCCAAGAGAAAGAAGUAUCUUUGGAUUCCAAACCACAGAAGAAAGAGACUACUGGGCAAGACAGAGGGAAAGACACCAAGGCAGUUCCUACCACAGAGUCAGAGCUAACAGAAACUGUAGACUUUGGAAAUGGUGGCCUUGAUGAUAGCUCUGACAGCUUAAAGCACGAGGGUGCAGCUGAAUCACUAAGUGCCAGUUCUGGAAAUGGAACACCUCAUCUGAGCUCUGAGGACAGUGAUAAACAUGAGGGUCUAGCCACCCCAGGCACAAGUCCUGAAAGUCUUUGUCUUUCACCUAAAACUGGACAACAGAUCAGUAUGGCUGGUUCAGUCAAAACAGAACAUAAAGAUACAGACAAGUCUGGAGACUCUGCUCUAGGGGCCACUGGUAACCAACUGUCAACAGAGUUGAGCCCACCUGUGUCUUCCAGCAACUCUGCAGAUGACCACAUUACAAGUGAGUCUUUGUCUGUUGUGAGGAGCGAGUCUAAACCAUCUAAACCUCAAAAGCUUGUAAAGAGAGUUUCAGAGACUGUAGAAACUUUUCUUAGUGAUGAUGAGAGCCCUGAUCAUCAGUUAGUGUUGCCCUUAGCUGGAUCUCCAGCCUUUAGAUCAUUUUUUCAGUCUCAUGAAAGCUUAGAGCUGCCUUUAAAACAAGACUCAGAUACGCUCAGUCCAAUAGCUGAUGAUUCUUUGACAAUAAGCCACAGAGACUCUCUAGAUGGUAGUCCUCUAUUGGAAGAAAAUUCUUCUCAUAAGUCCCCAGACUCUAUUGAACCUAGUCCAACCAAGGAAUCUCCCCCUCAGGACUCUUUAGAAAACAGCCCUGUAGAGCAAAAAAGCUACCCAUGCUUCCCACCAGCACCAGGCCAACCUAGUAAAUCCCGUAGCCAUCCAGAGCCCUCCAAAGAGCCAGAUUACCCCCAGGAUGUUUUGCGUGGUAGACUGCUUCGAGACCAUGAGGCUAGUGCGGACGAUGACAGUUGUGAGCAGACAUCUCAGAUGACGAGCUCUGGUAAGAGUCCCCUCUCCCCUGACACUCCUAGUUCUGAAGAGGUAAGUUAUGAGGUAACCCCCAAACCCCCUGACCAUACACUCCUCUAUGUUCCAUCCAAACCAACUGCUAUCCCUGAAGACCCAGAAGAAGAGGAUACGUCAGAGAGCUAUGAAGUUAAGAGAAAAAUCACUCCAGAGGAUGAAAUGUUUAAGAUGGCAGCCAAAAUAAAAACAUUUGAUGAAAUGGAGCAAGAAGAGAAGAGCAAAAAGAACUCUAGGAAAGAUUUGUUUCCCUCAGCAGAUGCCAAAAUAGGGGAAGACAGCUAUGAAACAUUAGAGGCCACAAGUGAGAAGCUUUCACAAAGUGAAUGUGGGCUCAACAGACCCACAGAAGAGUCACAGUUAGCUCUUUUUAAUGAUCCACAUAAUAAAGUACAACCUCCCUCUCCUUUUUCAGCAGGUUUGCAUGAAGGAUCCCACAACAAAGAGGCCAAGAAAACAACAACAGCCAGUGUCACUUCAGAGGGACCUCAUUCUGUCUCAGACCAGCAUCUUUCAAAAGCCAAACCAGAAGCUGCACAGCAACAAAGAGUCCAAUCUGUAAAAGAUGAUAAAGACAGUAGUGACAAAAAGUCUUCCAUAACAUCAAGCACUGAAAACAGGACAGAUGAACAAAAGGAGGAGAGUUUAAGGAAGUCAAAGGAAAAUAGAGAUAAUAAUGGUCAAGCAUUAGGUCAGCAAAGUGGUCUAAUAAAACCAAGUAGCAAUGUAACAGAUGAAGUGAAAGGAGAUCACAGGGAGCAUCCAGCUGCACCAGAGGCUGGACUUGGUGCCACUGUUACCCCAGGACAAAAGCAAGAAAUGUUUAAACCAGAGGUCUGUGUCUAUGAUGAUGCAGAAGAGGAUGAUGAGGCCCCAGUAGUUCCCAGAACAGAGUCCAAAGGUGUCACUGCUAAGGUAGACAGUGACUCUUGGCCGGCCAUGCGGGAGGACGAUGCCACCUUUGCAGCUCGCGUCAAGGAGGAAGAGCAGAAGAUAUUAAAUCUGGUGGUGGAUCGUCAGUCUCUGCAAGCAACUCCAGACACAACGCCUGGUAGAACACCAACAGAAGACAGCACUCCCACCAGUGAACCCAACCCUUUUCUGUUCCAAGAAGGAAAGCUCUUUGAGAUGACACGAAGCGGCGCUAUUGAUAUGACUAAGAGGAGCUAUGAGGAGGAGGGGGGUGGUUUUGCCUUUUUCCAGAUAGGUGAACAGCCUUUAGAGGAGCCUCUUUUAGAAGAUGACAGACAAGAAGGUAGGGGAUCAGCAGCAGAAUCAGAGGUUGGCCUCAAUCUAACGCUACAGGUGAAAACAGAGGAAGCUGAGAAUUUAACACAAACCACAGCUUUACAAUGUCAGUCCCCAGCUGAUAGUGAUCAGCUGACGUCUAAAGCUGAUGCCUCUAAAUCUAAAAUUCCUAAAAUGGGCAUUUCAGCUUCAGGCAAACCUACAAAAAAAGAUAAGACAUCCCCUGAGGACACUGAAACUAAAAAAGAUGCAGAUUUAAAUGAGGGAUUUUUAGAUUUAGACAAAGGUUCCCCUGACCAAAUGAUAACAAAUGUACAGACAGCAGAAUCUACAGUCACUAGAUCUGUGUACUCUGAACAAGGCCAAGAAUCCUCUGAUUCCUCUCCUGAGGAACCACAGUCAGUGAUAGAAGCCCCCAAAGCAUCAGGCAAGUCUAAGCAAAGUGCUUCAAGUGGAGUUAAAAAGACCCCAGUCAAAACCAAAGCGAAGUCUGCCCCUCACGGUCGGGGUAAAUCCACAACUCCCUCACAAUCUCAUUCAACAUCCUCAUCAACCGCUCUUAAAAAAGAAUCUUCUUUUACUUCCGACUCAAAAUCUAGAAUCCCUGUCAAGGCUAGCGCUGUCAAGCCUGACUCCACUGCCAAACGCGCUGAAUCUACCCAAGAGAAAAAGCUUAGAGUUCCUGUGAAAAAGGACACAAGGAGAAAAUCUGAGACAGACAUAGGUCCCUCUGUGGAUGUCAAAACCAAGACCCCCUCUUCCAAAGCCAAGAGCUUUUGUCAGGAAGAGUCUACCAGACCUAAAAAAGAACAGGGUCGCCCCUUGAGUGCCGAGUCAGCAAAAUCUAAAGGCUUCCAGUCCAGAUUGCCAGUCCGGGGUAAAAGUGGUCAGUCAUCUCAGACGUCAACACCCACUAAAGAGAAAAGUAACGUGCCCAAAGAGCCCUUUGAAUUCUUUGAAGAGAUAAGCGAUGAAGCAGCAAAACUUGUGGCAAGGUUGGCACAGGCGCAGGCAGAGGCAGAGAAACAACAGGAGGCCGCCAUCCACUCAGACGAUGAGAGCAGUCUCGUUGAUUCGUCACUUAUAGAAAGAGAAACUUUCCCUGAGAUGCAGUUCCCUCCCUCAGGAGACAUCUUUCCCAUUAGACCACUGUGGGAUGACCCUGUUGAGACACAGAUGCAGCGAAUCCCAGAUGAUAAAGUCCAAAGUCAAGUAGAUCCACAGGAUGAAGCAGAGAGAAAAGAGCAACGGUUGGCCAUUAUAGCCGACCACCUGGGCUUCAGCUGGACAGAGCUGGCUAGAGAACUGAACUUCAGUGAAGAAAGGAUUAACCUGAUACGGAUAGAAAACCCUAACUCGCUUCAGGAUCAAAGUCAUGCCCUGCUGAACCUCUGGGCAGAGCAGGAGGGAAAGGACACCGCAGAAUCAACUCUGAUCAAAAGACUGACGAAGAUCAACCGAAUGGACAUCGUUCAUCUAAUAGAAACAAAGAUAAUGAAGUCCACUCAGGACGAGACGUCAUCACACACCUAUGCAGAAAUCGAACAGACUAUAGCACUCGACCAUAGUGAAGGGUUUUCUGCUCUUCAUGAAGACAUGGACAGCCCCAGUACGGGCAGGCGCACCGAGGCUGCACGUAGCAGUCCAGGCUCGGGGCGCGAGGUGCCCGUGGUGUCCGCCGAGGACCUGUCCUCCAGUUUGUCGUCACUUCAUGAGGCACCAGGACGAUCGGAGGCAGACUCCACAGCGACAGGGUUCCUUAGAAAUGCCCAGAAAGAGAAGCUGCAAAAGCAGAUGGAGACAACAUACACAUCGCAAAGAAUAUACGAGGAAGUGAUGGACCCUGUGCACACUGGCAGUUAUAAACAAGAGGUAGCGGCGGAGCUAGGGAUGCUGUCCUCUGAUAGCUCAGAGGACGAGGUGGUGACCACCAGGGUGGUCCGACGGCGGGUUAUCAUCCAGGCAGACAACCUUCCGGACAUCCCCCCACAGACGGUCACCGAGGAGAAGUUCAUAGACGAGCAGGGCAACAUGGUCGUCAAAAAAAUCACACGCAAAGUCAUUCGCAAGUAUGUGUCGGCGGACGGCAUGGAGACGCAGGAAGUGACCGUGGAGGGCUCCCACCAGGAGACGGUGCAGAUCGAGGAGGGCGACUCUGUGUCCAGGGUGGUGAGGAGAACCGUGCUCCACAGUGAGGGAGAUCAGCAGGAGCUGACCUUCUCGGAGCCGCUGGCUUUGGCCGGAGCCACGGCGUCGGCGUUUGAGGUGGAGCCGGUGCAGGGUCGAAAGGUCAGCAAGGUCGUCAAGACGACGGUGGUGAGAGGCGAGAGGAUGGAGAAGCAGACGGGGGACCCCUCGCUGGCUGCAGAUCUCCCCUCGGCCAGAGAGGACUUUGAGAAGGCGUUGAGUUAUGCUGGAGGCUUUGGGAAAGUGCUUCUGCCCCAUGUAGUAGAGAGGGAGAUUGUGCAGGAGGAUGGUUCUGUGCUUAAAAGAAGCCGGAUGCGUAAGUCGCGCACCCAGAAGAGGACCGUGGUGAGGGACGCCCAGGGGAAGCAGGUGCACCUGGAGCGUCUGGACGACACCCCAGACGCCCUGCAGCCCGACGCCCUGCAGCAGCACCUGCACCGGCUGCUCCAGCGCUACUGUGAGGACGAGCACCCGGAGGAGGAGGAAGACGAGGAAGACGAGGAGAAGAGCUAAGACUGAGCAACUGCUGUCGUUUCUCCACAGGACACGUUCCACUGAAGCCUUUGGUGACUCCUCAGAUCAACAUGUUCCCUCCUGCUGUCCUCACUGGUCACUAGUUUUACCUUUUUGUCAGCUUUUGGAGCAGUGUUUUUGUGCUUUCACACACCUUUUUCCCUCAUGUUGUGUUUCAUUUGCUCUUUUUUGUGACCAAAGACAGCAUCGUCGGUUUUUGUCUUUUUACCUUCUGGCUGCUGUAGUGUAGUUAAGGUACGAUGCACCAACGGUGGAUCACAGUCAGAUGGAUGGAUGGAUGGAUGCACGGCCUCUUCUAGAAAAACUCUUGUAAACAUUUGUAUAUAGAGGAAAUAAAAAGAAAAAAAAGCUCGGACUGAUGGAAAGAAAUCUGGAAAACAGUUAAAAAAUCAAAAGCAUUUAUUACAUUAGCCCACGUAAACCUGCUGUACAGGCACCGAUUCAGCUGGAGAAUGGCCACCCACCAGGUGACGUUAAUGUUAAUAGAGAGUGAACUGGGAGUGAAUGUGUGUACUGCAUCAUCAUGGACUCUUUAAACAGCCAGACAUCAACCUGCUGAUCCGUUUACAAAGGCUGUGUUCGUCUUCCCAUGAUGCGCCUGCUCUUUUUUUCUUUCGUGUCCGUCCUAAUACGUGUUGUGCAUUCACAUUUUCUCCGUCACAGAGCUGCCGCCUCCGUGUGUGUAUAUACAGUGUGUAUUGAGACAGAACGUAGUGAUGGGGGGGUGUUUGUAAAGCGGAUCCAGCACUUAACCCCCAGUCGUCGUACGCGUAGCUUCACCCCUCACCUGCGCCCCAGACUGCAGCGAGCUCGCUGUCCAUGAAGCCUUUUAAAGGAUGAACCCUAUUAAAUGUUUGCCCAUGUGCAGAACAAGACCAACAAUACAAUACUAGCAUCAGAGCUCCAAUGGUCACCAAGCAUCACAAGGAGGGUCAGAUAGAAAGGCCAAACAGCACAUAAAUAAAUAUUCAAUAGAAAAUAACUAAAUAUUGUGGAUCCCUGGGUUUGUUCUGGUAAUUCUUUUCCCCCUUAAACCUGCAACUAAUAAAAAAAAGUAAACGAUGAUGAUGAUUGAUGACACAAGAAAUAAGCUAUUUAUUAAACCAAAGUACCUCAGUGAUUGAGGAAAGUCACAGUGACCGAACAGGUGAAUAGUGUGGAGCUCAGAGCGAUGGACUGAUGUAUUGUUGGUUUUGCUCUUCCCUACAGGAUUUGUUGGCGCGAGCAGCAGACACAGACCCCAGACUGAACCUUUUAGUUUUACUUGUGAGCACUGCUUUUUAAACACCAACACACUAACUGCACUUCCAAGCAAACACCCACUUUAGCUCCUACUUUAAUUGCCACCCUCCACGUGACCCCCGCGUGCUAAACGAAGCCCAGAGCGCUGCGUGUGCGUGUUUGAAUGUGAUCCCAAGCUAAAAGUGAAGAUGUUUGAACUGGAUUCAGGCUGAAGACUGUGGCGGUUACCUACACUCCAGACUUUAUGGAACAGUACAGUCCUCACGUUGCCAUUUACUUUGAGUGUGAUCCAAUAGAAUAAAAUGAAGUGUCAAAACAGACCAUUGAUUUGAUAAAUGAGCAUCUUGUUUCCAUGGUGAUAACAAUAUAUACAUAUUAACAGUGCAAUUAUCUAUGCGGGCAUGUAUGAGUUUAUCAAAUUAUUACUAAAAAAUAAGAUCAAUCUGAAAGUCUAACAAGGCAGCAGCUGCAGUGUGUACGUGGAAGAACAAUAAAACUGUACGUGUCAA